UGAGUUGAUCGUGUCAGCACUGCAAAAUGUCUGUGUCAGGGCAUCUCUUUCUGACAUGUCUCCUGUUUUCCGCAAUACACGCGUCUCCCCUAAUGAAAGAUGCCGUUGUCGUUGAUGAUGACUUCAAAGUUGAAGUUUCAACAGACGGCACAUAUAGUAUCAGUAUCAAAAACCAAACAUGGCUGCCAAAUGCGCACACGUUCUUCCGCGCAGACGGCUUCCCGUUUUCUACAGCAGACGAUACACUUGUUCUGAAAGGGGCUUCACGCAAAAGUGGUUCUGACAAACUUGGCGGAUGGACGUCCAUGGACUUUGAAUAUAGUGCAGGACAAUAUAUAAUCAUAGCUCGUGUAAAGGAAUACACGCAGUCAAAUCUCGGAGAUUUUGUGAUAUUUGAGCAGCAUUAUAAAGAAGGAGCUCUAAUGACGGGCACCUUCAACCACAAUGAAGUCAUCAGCAGUUUCCCGUCAUUCUACAUCACCGACAACGUCCCUGACCUUGGCUUCCUGUCAUAUGGCGGCAUCAUGGUUGGGGAUACUGAUAAGAUGAUUGGGAGAUGGCAGAAGGGACAAGCUAUGCCAAACUCUGGCAUCGAUGGAGGACCCUUGUGUAUUUUCAAUGAAAAUAGAGACGCCGUAGUUAUCUCCCCUUUCAACCAAUUCAUGGCGGGGUCCGUGUGGCAUGACAGGCUCACCACUGAUUCAGUAAACUGGGGCAUCAUGGGACGAGUUGGUCGUGUUCCUGCUGACUUCGUGUAUCAAACCGUUGUCUUUUACAGCGCUCAAGGCAUAAAUAAGGCUUUUGAAGGCUGGGGGAAGCUGCUACGUACAUAUCACGACAAAGAUCAGAAGAUGCGGGAAGCUGAUUUUACGCUGAACUAUCUUGGAUACUGGACUGAUGGCGGUGCCUUUUAUUACUACAACACAGAGAAGAAUAAAAACUACGAACAAACAAUUCUGGACGUCAGAGCAGAAGUUGAGAAGAACAAGAUACCAUACAGAUAUGUGCAGUAUGACUCCUACUGGUAUUAUAAAGGGAUAGGGAAAGGGGUCAAGACAUGGGAGCCAAUGCCUGACAUUUUCCCGAACGGUUUGCAGUUUCUAUAUAACAUGACGGGGUGGCCAGCAGGAGCGCAUAACCGGUUUUGGGCAAGCGACACUACUUACGCCAAACAAAAUGGAGGGCAGUUUGACUUCAUUGUUGAAAUCCUGAAAGCCGUACCAAUGUCAGAGGAUUUCUGGGAUCAUCUGUUCUCAAAUGCACGGAAAUGGGGUCUUAUCUUGUACGAACAAGAUUGGCUGAACGACGAAUUCAACGGAAUGAACGCGCUAUUAACCAACAUUAGUGUUGGUCGUGAUUGGUUGAUGCUGAUGGGUCGAUCUGCCAGGAAGAAUGGCAUCACCAUCAUGUACUGCAUGUCCUAUUCCAGAGAAGCCUUGCAGAGUCUCGAGAUUCCAGCAGUUACAAUGGCGCGUUCCAGCAAUGACUACAGCCCCGGUAACGACAACUGGAGAAUUGGUAUAUCAUCGAUAUUGGCAGAUGCCAUUGGUCUUGCCCCCUUUAAGGAUACGUUCUGGAGUACGACCAAUCAACCUGGAAACUCUUACAACAAGUCGGAGCCAAACCCAGGACUGCACCUGACAGUGGCUACCCUCAGCACUGCGGCAGUUGGACCCGGAGAUUCUGUGACAGGCAUGAAUGUCUCCUUGAUUGAAACAUGCUGUGACGCUGACGGCAGGAUAUUAAAGCCUACGAAACCAGCAAUGGCAAUUGAUGCUCAAAUAAUUCAGUCUGCUCUUGGGGGAGCCGUUGGCCCAGUGGGUGAAGUAUGGACGACGUAUUCCAACAUUCAGAACUUCUACUUUGGUAUCGUCCUGGCAGCGGCCAUAUCAAACACGUUCCCUCUCAGACCUUCUGACACCACUUUUGCAGACAAGUUGCAGGAUGGAAAGGUGUACACAUCACAGUCCUGGAUGUCACUCACGGAUUUCAAUGAGUCAAAGCCUAUAACUAUCAAGGGUUGCUCUGCACAGCAUUAUUGCCUUUAUUACAUUGCUCCAGUCCUCAUGAGCAGUCCUGAGGUGGUUCUUCUUGGCGAAGUACCAGCUAAGGUAGUACCAGUAUCCCCACAACGCUUCACUCAGAUUUCUAUAGACACUGACGUGACCUUGACCUUGACUGGCGGUGUCAAGGAGAACGUCACUGUCUGGUACAGCGUGAGUGGAACGUCAAAAAGUCACACCUGCCAGCUCGGGACAACAGGGGAAGCAACUCUGACUCUUCUUGGGGGAAUAUGUAGGCCAAACUAAUUAUUAAUUUCAUGUAUAUGUUUCGGUUCAAUAAAUGUUGUGAUGAAAA